UUAAACCACCAGCCGAACAGCAGCAGCUUCUCUAAAUCUGAUCACUAACCAGAUCAGUCUGAUCGAUCUGAUGAGUGUGAUCCAUGUGAUCGAUGUGAUCUUGUGUGUGUGAGCAGUGGGUGGAUUCAGGAGGAUCUGUGCUGCAUUCCCGAUGAAUGAGAACCCAGACGGUGAGCUGUAGUUCCUGGAGGGAUCUAUGGUGAGGCUGCUGUGUUAGGAACAUGUACUGGAAUGUGGGAACUGCUGACGACUGUGAGGAGCCGCCGGAGCGGAGUGAAGCCGAGCAGGAUGGCGGAGCAGAGAUGGGAGCCAAGCACUCUGCGCUGGGCGGCGGUGGCGCACCCCUGUGCCAGUCACCCACCCUGGAGAACAUCAAGGAGGCGUACGGGCACGCCGAGGAGCUCAGGGCGCGCAGGCUGAUCCGGAUGGCGUGUCAGGAGAACGCUGGCGGGCGGAUGGACGCGCUGGAGCUGUUGUGUUGUGCCAGUCAGCACGGUGAUGUGGACAGUGUUCGGUUCCUGCUGAAGGACGCUCAGGUCCAGGUUCCUCAGGAACCCACUGAGAGGAACCCCGCCAUCCUGGCUGCACAUCACGGCCAGCACACCGUGGUCCAGGAACUACUGGACUCUCUACCACGUUGCUGUAUCCGUCAGGAUCUGCUGAACUGGAUGUUGGCGUCGGCGUGCCAGCGGGGGCAUGUGGAGGUGGUGAAGCUCCUGGUGUUGAGUUACCAGGUGGACGUGGGUGACUGCGCUCUGCACACUGAUGAGUUCGCUGUCAUCACCGGCCUCCCGCUGUACGCCGCCGCUCGAGCAGGAAGUAAAGAGAUCGGCCGCUUCCUGCUGGAGAACGGAGCCGGCUUCUCAUCGUACACGUUAAUGGACCACGCCGACUUCAGUCAGGAGCUGCUGAGAGAGCGCCUCCUGGAGGACGGAGACGCACUGAGCGACGGCAGGGUGCAACAGCCGGUGAGCGUACACUGGUCAGGCCUGAAGCUGCCCUGGUUAAAGCUGGACUGGUUCCUGGAUGUCUCCUCCAGGAUGACGGUGCUGGAUGUGUCUCACAACGCUCUGACCUCGCUGCCGUCGGUGGUGCCGUGGGGUCUGAUCCACCUGCACACACUCGACCUGUCGCACAACAAGCUGAGGGAGCUGCACACGCCCCAGUCCUCCCAGGAGAUCAUCUGCACCAGAUUACAGCAGGUGAAUCUGUGUGAGAAUGAGUUGGAGAGCCUCCCGGUCGGUCUGCUGCAUCUCAGCCAACUACAGAGACUCAUCACCUCCAAAAACAAACUCAACACCCUGUUCAACAUCCCUACUGGCACUAACUGGGUGGGGCUGCGGCGGCUGCAGGACCUGGACAUAUCUGAUAACGUGUUGGUGGAGCUUCCAUCUCACGUGCUGCACUGCUUCAAAUCCCUCAGCACCCUGAACAUCAGCAGGAACAGGAUCAGGCGCUUCCCCGACCCCUGGGCGUGUCCCCUGAAAACCUGUAAAGCCGGGUGGAACCAGAUCGAGAGCCUCCCUGACAGCAUCUCCAUCUUCUGGAGGACUCAUCUGAUGGACGUGGAUUUCUCUGAGAACAUCCUGAAGGAGCUUCCAGCAUACAUAUUCCAACUGGAGGCCCUCGUCUCUCUGAAGGUGUGUGGGAAUCAGAUCGCUGCUCUUCCGCCUCCCAAAAACUGGAAAUGUUCUCAACUACGAACUCUCGACCUGUCAAAGAACCAACUGGGAAGACAGAGGAACGAGGAGAACACCAGGACCCGCAGACCCCUGGCAUUCCUCACCACGUGGCAGCGCAGAGACCCAGAACCAGUUUGUCAUAUCCAGUUCCCUGAGCUCCUGCGUGACUCUCUGGAGGUUCUCCACCUGAACGAUAACCAGUUGGAGUGUGUGCCCCCCUCCGUGUGUGCCCUCAGGAACCUGUCCGAACUCUACCUGUCCAAUAACUCAGGAAUCCAGGAGCUCCCGGCUGAACUGGGUCAGCUCUCCAACCUCUGGCAGCUGGACAUCGAGGAGCUGAACAUCACCAACGUACCUGCCGACGUCCGGAGAGACGGCCCCUCCAGUGUGUUGGCGUUCCUGCGUGCUGAGCUGCGCGGUGCUGAACCCUGCAGGCUGAUGAAGCUGAUGUUCGCCGGGCCCCCGCGGCAGGGGAAGAGCGCUCUACUGGAGGCCCUUCAGACCGGCAGAACCUCCGCCUUCCAGCCCACCGACUGCAGCAUCCGCACCUCCCACUGGCAACUGGAGAGACCCAGCGGGGUCAAGAGUGGGGUGGACUCCGUGUCCUUUAACGUGUGGGACGUGGGCGGUCCGGCCAGUAUGACCACAGUGAACCAGUGCUUCUUCACUGAUAAAGCCCUGUACGUGGUGGUGUGGAACCUGGCACUGGGGGAGGAGGCCGUCGCCAACCUGCAGUCCUGGCUGCUCAACAUCGAGGCACGUGCCCCUAACUCCUCUGUGGUGGUGAUCGGGACUCAUCUGGACCUGAUCGACACUAAGUUCCGUACCGAGCGCAUCGCCACCCUGAGGGCGUACAUCCUGGCACUGUGCAGGACUCCGUCGGGCGCCCGGGCGAGCGGCUACCCGGACAUCACCUGGAAACACCUGCAUGAGGUCUCCUGUAAAUCGUUGGAGGGUCUGGACGGGCUCAGGCGGCUGGUGUAUCAGGUGGCGUGCUCCAUGAAGGACCUGAGUAAUCCAGCCAGCUGCCACAGACUGGUGGGGAGACUGAUCCCCCGGAGUUACCUGCUCCUCCAGGAGGCGGUGAUGGCCGAGCACCAGAGGAGGGAUGCGGAGGACGAGGUUCAGUACCUGACAGACGUGGAGUUGGAGCGGAUGGUAGAACAGAGUCCAGGCAGCGACAUCAGAGACUACGAGGACCUGCAGAGCGCGAUCGGGUUCCUGAUGGAGACGGGCGCGGUCCUGCACUUCUCCGACACCAGCCACGGUCUGUGUAAGCUGUACUUCCUGGACGCGGUGUGGCUGGCCGAGUGUCUGGAGAGGAUCGUCCACCUGAAGAGUUCUCGCUCGGUGGCUCGGAACGGCCUGAUCCGGACCGAGGACCUGCGCAUGCUGCUGAUCGGCACCGGCUUCACCCGCCACACCGAGGAGCAGUACUUCCAGUUCCUCGCCAAGUUCGAGAUCGCUCUGCCUGUCGCCAGCAACAGUUACCUUCUGCCACACCUGCUGCCCCCCAAACCCGCCAUGGACAUUCACGGCUUCCGCCAGCAGACCAGUAACAGCAUCCAGCGCCACUUCAAGAUGAGCUUCGUUCCUGCGGGAUUCUGGGAGAGAUUUAUAGCUCGAAUGCUCAUCAGCCUCAGUCAGAUGGACCUGCAGGCGUUUGAGACGAAGCGGGGUGUGAGGAACCCUCGGAGCAGGAACACCGUGAUUUACAGCUUCACGGGGAACCAGCAGAAGAACCGCUGCAGCACCUUCAGGGUCAGACGCAGCCAGACCAUCUACUGGAAGGAGGGACUGCUGGUCACCUUCGAGGGCGGGUAUCUGAGUGUGGAAUCUUCAGACCUGAACUGGAAGAAGAAGAAGAGCGGCGGCAUCAAGAUCAUCUGUCAGUCCGAGAGCCGAGAUUUCUCCGCCAUGGCGUUCAUCACCGACCACGUCAACGCCCUGAUCGAGCAGUGGUUCCCUGCGCUGACAGCGAGCGAGAGCGACGGCUCCCUGCUGAUCGAACAGUACGCCCCCUGCCCCUACUGCACCGCCACCCCGCGCCACUCCGACCCUCCGCCCCCGAGCACCUCCGCCGACCCUGCCGACUCCGCCCACAUCCACUACUUCAACAUGGAGGACUGCGUGCUGGCCGCCAUCGACAGGGAACACAUCACCUGCCCCAAGCACCCCAAGGAACCGGUCCCCCUGCAGGAGCUCGUACCCGAACUCUUCAUGACCGAUUUCCCGUCACGGUUGUUCCUGGAGAAGUCUGAUCUGGAGUGGAACGAGACGGAGCGGGACGUCCUGGGUCAGGGUGGCAGCGGCACCAUCGUCUACAGAGCCAAGUACAAGGGUCAGCUGGUGGCGAUCAAACGCUUCAACUUCAAGAAGUGCAGGCAGCAGUCGCUCAACAGCGGGACAGACACCAUGCUGAAGCACCUGCAGUCCAUGGACGCCUCCAGAAGCUUCUCGGAGUUCCGUCAGGAGGCCAGCAUGUUGCACGGGCUGCAGCACCCCUGCAUCGUGGCGCUGCUGGGCAUCAGCAUCCACCCGCUGUGUUUCGCCCUGCAGCUGGCACCGCUGGGCAGCCUGAACACCGUGCUGGAGGAGCGCGGCAGAGGGUCGCUGUUCAUGCCCCUGGGUCACAUGAUGACCUUCAAAGCGGCGUAUCAGGUGGCGGCAGGUCUGGCGUACCUGCACAGGAAGAACAUCAUCUUCUGCGACCUGAAGUCGGACAACAUCCUGGUGUGGUCGCUGCGCGUGGAGGACUCGCUCAACAUCAAACUCUCCGACUACGGGAUCUCACGCCAGUCCUUCCACGAGGGAGCGCUGGGGGUGGAGGGUACGCCCGGGUACCAGGCGCCCGAGAUCCGGCCUGGCAUCGUGUACGACGAGAAGGUGGACAUGUUCUCGUACGGGAUGGUCCUGUACGAGCUGCUCUCCGGGCGUCGCCCCUCUCUGGGUCACCACCAGCUCCAGAUCGCCAAGAAGCUCUCGAAGGGGAUCCGCCCCGCCCUGGGCAACCAGGAGGACGUUCAGUUCUUCUGCCUGCAGGCGCUGAUGCAGGAGUGCUGGGACACCAAACCUGAGAAGCGUCCUCUAGCCGCCCCCAUCCUGAGGCAGAUGCAGGACCCCAGUUUCGGCUGUCUGAGGUACCUGUUACCCUGUGAGCAGCACAGUCAGCUCUUCCUCUCCCCCCUGCAGGGCGACAGCGCCGUCUUCUGGUCUGGAGACAAGGACGACAGGAACUACACAGUAGUGAACGUGGUUAAAGGUCAGGUGGAGGUGAAGCGGAUGUCGUGUCCCGGAUCACGACUGAGCUGCCAGCUGAAGACGGAGAACACGCUGUGGACCGCCACCGAGGAGCAGGAGGUUUUUAUCUACAGUCUGAAGGAAAUGUGCCCCCUGACCCACCCACAGAAACACCUCACCUGUCCGGCUGUGGUCACCUGCCUCAUGCUGCUGCCGGCCAGGACCGACUCGUUACCGCGGGUGUUUGCCGGCAUGGCGGACGGCCUCCUCGCCGUGUACACGCUGGUGGACGACGUCCCGCUGGACGGUGAAGCCUACGUCUGCUCCCACACCCUGAACAAGUCCCUGCUGCAGAUGGAGGACCUGGACGAGCGGCAGAGGCCGUAUCCGGUGAGGAGCAUCAUCCCGGUGCGCUCCGGCUCUCAGGUCUGGUACACUAACGGCCCCGGCGUGAUGGUGAUCGACAGCCUGACUCUGCAGCCUGUGCGCCGGCUGGACCCGUACCUCCCGCCGUCCUGCGUGGUGUCCAUGGCGUCCGCCUGUAGUCUCCGCGGUGACGAGGCCGUCUGGUGCCUGGACGACCGGACCAACACGCUGCUCAUGUACCACGCCGGGAACUACCAGCUCUGCGCCAGCUAUAACUGUGGGGAUUCGAACCCUCUCCGGGACGUUUUCACCAUCCAGAAUCCCGUAUCGGUCCCGGACCUCACCGUAGAGUCCCGGGUUCCAGCAGACGACGAGGGGCCCGCGUCGCUGGGGCCGAGAGCCGGCGUAACCGUGACGAUCACCCACAGCGAGGACGCCGGGACUCAGAUCCUCACACAGCAGGACUCGCUGGACUACUGUUCCAUCAGUUCGUCCGGGUGCAGCUCAGAGCAGCUGGCGGGACUCGCCCACGCCGAGGGGCCCGGCUCCGGGGCCCUCAGCUCACUGGCUAGUUCCAGCAGCACGCCCUUCUCUACGGACUGGGAGGACGCGGACAGGAUGCAGGACGAGCAGAUAUCGGCCGAGUCGUCACCCGGGACGGAUCCGACGCCGCAGAGCCGAAGUCCGUCCCACCUCCGAGCGUUUAACGUGGUGCCGGUCAACGGGGCGAUCUGGGUACCCAGGAGUGGAGGAGACAUCGUGGUGAUAGAGGCUCAGGAACAGUCGGGGGUUCUGAGAGGGCGUGUCAUUGCAGUGCUCACGGUACCUGGAGUGCACCAGUACGGAACGCAGGUGGAAGCUGCGCUGGUCGCAAAGGACACCGUUGUGUGCGGCUUCCGUAAGGAAAACAUGGACUGGUGCCUGGCUGUCUGGAGGGGCUGGGGAGGCCGAGAGCUCGAGCUCUUCUACCAGACCUACGAGGAGCUGGGCCGUUUGGAGCUCAGCGUGAGGAAGAGAAGGUAGCUGUGUGCCAGGCCGAGCAGAAUCGCACCUCUGUGUGGGUGAGGGUGACUGUAGGGAAUUCACGUGGAGCUAAAAAGCCUCAAACAGCAGCUGAGAAACACAAGCGCUGGAUUGAGGGAUCUGCUCCAGACGUGAUCAUGGAGUCCUAAAUAUACACACACACAUUCCAUACAUGCUCACACACACCGUCUUCAGAUUCUGGACCGUAUCUCUGAACACACGGACCGUUGUGCUGGUGUGAGUGCUGACAUCAGAGCUUCAGGAUCUUCAUACAGCUUUAAACUGGAGUGGGGAACCUGUUCUGGAUCCCAGUAAAACAUCAGUGGUCCAUCAGUAAUCCAGCAUCAGAUCACCAUAAAAACAGAACGCUGCCUCCAUCACAGUGUUUCAUUCCUGCACAAUCUGCUGCAUCGUUCACCUUUAUAAAAGCAUCAUGGAUGUUUAUAAUGUUUGGAGACGUUUGAAGGUCAGACAGGGUUUAACAGUGACUCCUGCUCUCUGGUUAAAUGCUGGAACAAUAAUGGAAGAAUACAGACAAGGUAACACGGUUCACUGUACGUGCUGAUGCUCUCUGUAAGAAUCCAUCGCUGGCUAGUGUAAAGAAGUGCCGACAACUUAUCGAAUAUCAGAGAGGGUGGGUGAUAGUCUACAGCCAGAUCCCUCGCCAGUGUGAGGGUGGUGCAGGCAGCAGAUGAAUUGUACUAAAUUUGGAGUCGUUCACAAUAAAAUCUGCCAAAUAUACAAAAUAAAAGUGCAGUACUGAUACAGUUCUGUUCUGAAAUGAUUCACUCUUGAAAAGAAUCAGAAUUAUUACCUUCCUCCACGAUGUGGCCACGUCUUUCAACACACAGCUGGAUGGAGUAAAGUCGUAGGUACGAGUUAACCAGCCGGUACGUACGAGGUCCUGACGAGCACUCGAAUGCAGCAUGAUGCUGUGAAGACUUUAUUUUCCUUUGAAAUAUCAGGCAGCUUUUAUAUUGUUUUAAAUUCUCAAUAUGACCAGCAAUAAGUAUUAAACCCCGGUUCUGUUAUAACACUGGCUAACAGUAAAACUCCUCCUGGUUUACCUGGUUUACCCGAGUCGGGAAGCUUUAACACGUGAGAGUCGGUUUGGCUGCGCUUACAUGGACGUUCUUGGCAACAUUGAUCUGAAUGUAAAGGCUGUAUGGACAGAUCAUGUGGACGCACCUGCGUCUCCUAAUGUAUCUGUAACACAUCAUCAUUCAGUAAACCAGUUCUGGGACGCAACGUGACAUAAUCAUCAAUCACGUCAGCCAAUCAGAGACAGAGAUUCAGUCAGUGGAGGAAUGAAGAAGCCAAUCGCAGCUAUCAGCUCUCAUCCAGCACUAAACAUCUAAUCUCAUCUACAACCUCCAUCAGAGACUCUGUUAUAUCACUAGAGUAGAAUCAGAACCAAUAUUUCUAUUUUUAUUAUAGUUAUUAUAGCAUCUUUCACUGAGUUCUGAAAUCCAGUCUUGGAUGCGAACACACUCACACGUGUGUGUUUACUGACGGACUGUGAGAGCGUCCGUGUGAAUGCAGCCUCAGGUUUGUAUUUUACAGAUAAACAGCAAUUUAUUUAAUAACCACAUCAGUCCUGUAGCUCCACUGCAGGAAUAAAGAAGUGAAAUGACUGUUCGACACUCAUCUCUACACUCAUCUGUACAUUUAGGAGGCUUUACAUUCUAAAACUUUCAUUUCUGGAUUCAAUUAUUCAUUUACUAUUCAGUCAUAAGUUUCAGUAAAUGAAAUACUUUGUACUGUACCGUGUUUGUACCUCAGAACUGUCGUUACGUGAUGAUGACGGAGAUACCAGCAUGUAACAGAACUCAGUAAUAAAUCUGUAUGAUGUGAAUAAUCAUCUCAUCAUUAUUCUGUAUAUCUGCAUGUGUAAAUAAAUGAAUACUGGGUUGUAAGUAUAAUAAAAAUAAGUGAACCGC